AUGAGCUACGUCGUCGGGUUCGGAGGGCGAUACCCCAAGCGCGUUCAUCAUCGCGGCGCCUCAAUCCCGAAGAACGGGGUGAAGUACAGCUGCAAAGGAGGCUGGAAAUGGAGGGACGCCGGAAAGCCGAACCCGAACACCGUCGUCGGAGCCAUGGUCGCAGGCCCUGACGGACACGAUGGGUUCCGCGAUGUCCGGACGAACUACAACUACACAGAGCCGUCGCUCGCAGGCAAUGCCGGUUUGGUUGCUGCCCUGGUGGCUUUGUCCGGAGAAGCCAGUGGAGUGGACAAGAACACUAUGUUCUCCGCUGUUCCGCCCAUGUUUCCGAAUCCUCCGCCGCCGCCGGCACCAUGGAAACCAUGA